AUGUCGACCGCCGUCUCGAGGAAACGCAAGUCGCCGGAGCCAAGUAACCAGAGCCAUGAAGUGCAUACUCCUACUAGGAGCCCGUCGAAGAAGAAGCUAAGAAUCACACAGAAACAAAAGCAGGCUUUGAUUGAUAAUCUUCAGCUAGAAAUCACUGAAAGAGCGCGUAAACUACGCGCACAUUAUGCCCUUCAGGCGCAAGACUUACGAGCGAGGAUUGAACGGCGUAUAAACCGAAUUCCGAUGGCACUUCGCAAACAGAACCUGGGCGAAUUACUCGCGAAAUAUUCAGAAGCUGCCAAAGAGGCAGACACCAAGUCUCCGUUCAAAAAGCCGAUAUUACCGUCUAAAACCAUAAGGACGGUGCGCCCCAUUACACAAACAUCGGCCGCAACUUCAAGCAGCAAUACCACAUCGAUGGUGCGCUCUGGGGCGUCGCGUCAAAGCCAUGGCUCUUCCGAUAAAGAGAAUGUCGGGUAUCCAGACCUUACACACCAUCCGCUCACAAAUCCAAAACAGCGUAACAAACCUACUUUGCCAGCAGCAUCCGCCCGCACCGUUUCCCAACGCACGGAGUCCAACAUUCUAUCGCCAAAAUCCUCCAACUCCAGGACAUUUCCCCAAUCUCCUUUAAAGAUGUCACCCAGUAAACCACAACAGCAAGAACCCUAUCAUAUCCGCGCCUUCUCCCCUUUCAAACAUGCUAGUCCAACAAAGAACGCAAAUUACGCUGCCACUCCCGGUACUCCUAGACUCAGGACAAUGAGAGGCGCAGCCGGGGUUCGCAGAGUAACUCCUCCAGACACAAGCUCCGAUUCUGCACCAGGGAGAGUCCCCAGGCCUAAGAAGGCUAUGUCUGUUAAAUCUGCACCGGCUGGUACAAGGAAGGUGCCUUCGAGGACAGCCACACGACAAACGAACCGACAAGUUAGUACCAGCACUACGUCAUCGAACGCUUCAGCAGCAACCGCAGCAACUACGAUUGUCCGCUCUACAAGGACUGCUGGAGCUAAAAAGGCUUCAACGUCAACAACGGUUUCAUCUUCAACGAAGAAACCCGUGACGUCUCGAAGUCGCGCUGCAACAACGGCAACAGCAACAACUGCCUCGACUGCCCGAAAGAUGACAGUCGCUGCUGCUAGAAAGGCCCAAGGAGUAGAGCAGCCUGGUCCUGGACGAAGAGUCCUUCGAAGCAGGGCCUAG